CUCCAGUUCCUGCACGCAUGCGUUCCCUGCAGCUGCCUCCCCAGAGCCGGCCUCUAUCCGCCCUCAAGCCCUGAGUUUGCUUUCCUAAUUGCUUGGGGUGGGCGCAUCCCAUUACGGAGAGGACUCCCUAAAACCUACACAGCAGAUUAGGGGAUUCCCCCUUCAAACUACUUUCUUUCACCUAAAAAUCCUGCAUCCACACUUCCUCCUGACUGCCCUUAGGAACAGCAGGAGACCAAACCUUCGUGCGGAAACGUAGUUUCCGACCGGAAGUCCCGCCCUGCGGAAGACUUGAGAACGCUGGUCUGAGAGGAGUCCCAGGGACCACGUGUGGUCUUCAAGAGGCCUUGCAGCUCUUUAGAUAAAUUAUAAGGAAAAGGAAUACAGACAAAUAUGGAGACUGAAGGCACAAAGAAAAUUCAAGAAAUGAAGACUGACCUGAACUUAUUAUUGGAGUGUUUAAAGUAUCAAAUGGACAACCCUUUUUCACAAAAGGAAGCUUUGGUCACCAUUCACUCAAUUUGUCAACAAAAUAGUAAUGCAUGUGUUUAUUUUCGGGAAACUGGUGGUUUGAUGUUUGUAAAAAAUCUUGCAAAGUCAAGUGGACAUAGUGUGGUAAAAGAAGCAGCAUUAUAUACAUUAGGAGCCCUUGCAGAAAAAAAUGUUUACUGUCAACAGACUUUGUGCACUUCAGAGUUGUUUGAAGACUUAAUUUGGUUCUUAUCUAAUGAGGAUUCAAAUACAAAUUUGAAAAGAAUGUCCGUCUAUGUUAUUUUGGUUCUAGUGUCCAAUAAUAGGACUGGACAAAAACUUGUGAGAGAAACAGGUUGUAUUACAGUUCUUUCGGAAUUGUUCAGGACAGUUCUUUCAAAACAUGAGUUGGAUUUGUCACAUGAAAAUGUUUUCCAGACUUAUCAGCUGUGGUCUUCAGUGUGUAGUACUCUGUGUGUCUGUGUCAACAAUCCUCAAAAUGAUGAUAAUCAAAUGUUUUGCUGUUCACUUUUUCCACAUGCUAAUGAGUGUCUAAUGAGUUGUAUGAAACCUGAAAUAAUUCGCCCUAUUUGCUCAUUUAUUGGACUCACUCUUGCAAAUAACACAUAUGUUCAGAAAUACUUUGUGUCUGUGGGCGGACUGGAUGUAUUAUCUCAAGUUCUUGUGCAACUGGAAUCUGAUUCCCAUAAGACUCUUUCCAGUGCUAAGCUUGCGGUGGUGGUGACAAAGACAGUGGAUGCGUGUAUUGCUGAUAAUCCUACUUUUGGGGUAGUACUAUCCAAGUACCACAUUGUUUCAAAACUUCUGGCAUUACUGACUCAUGAAAGUCUGGAUUCAGGAGAAAAAUUUAGCAUCAUACUUACUCUUGGUCAUUGCACAGAGGAUUGUGAGGAGAAUCAAUAUGACCUUUUUAAAAACAAUGGGCUUCCACUCAUGAUACAAGCCUUAACUGAAUCUCAGAAUGAGGAUCUAAACAAAGCUGCCACUUUUGUACUUCAUAACUGCAAAAAAAUUACCGAGAAAUUAUCUCUAAGUUUAGGAGAAUAUUCUUUUGAUGAUGAUGGAGCUGAACACUUAAAAGUAAUAAAAGUGAAAGAGAAGAAUCUUGAAGAAUACUGGAAGAAAGCAAAGGAAAUUCUACAGAGAAUAGAACAGCUUGAAAGAGAAGGAAAUGAGGAAAAACUACAAAAGCAAAUAUGUAAGAAUGAUACUUCAUCUGUGAAAAUAAAUACUCAGAAUACGUUGAAACAGUUUCAUACAGAUAGUAUUGGUGGAAGUACCCAAGCAGAAAGUAAAGAUAAGAGCCAGUCUAGACAACUUCAGGGUUUUAAGCCCCAUGAAGCCAUGUCUAAAGCAUGUGCCAGUGAUGACCAAAUGAAGACCCUUUUAAAGAGUGCAAACCCAGUCAAUGCUUGUUUUCGGGAAAGAGGGCAAAAUAAGACUUUAUAUAAAGGCAAUUCAAGCUGCAAUCAAAACUUCCAUGAAAAAGCGCCUUUUGCAAAAAAGAAUUUUGAUUCUCAAUCAAGUGACCAUGAUUUUAAACAUCCAACUCACACUGUCAAAAAUAGAAAGCAGCAGUUACCAGUAACAGAUCCAUUUACAUUAUGUUCAGAUAUAAUAAAUAAAGAAGCCAUCAGUUUUCUAGCAACUGACAACUGUUCCAAAAUGAAGUAUAGAUGCUCAGGUUGCAUAGCAGUAGGAAAAUCCCUGAAUAGCCGAAAUUUUAGCAAGCUCUUGCACUCUUGCCCAUAUCAGUGUGAUCGUCACAAAGUCAUUGUGGAAGCUGAAGACAGAUAUAAAAAUGAACUAAGGAAAUCACUUAUCUGUAACAAAAAGAUUCUCCUGACCCCACGUAGAAGACAACAACUCAGUAAAGACUCUACAAUCCCUGGAGGAAUAAAGAAAAGAAGAAUUCGUAAAAACUUUACAGAAGAAGAAAUAAAUUAUCUUUUCAGUGGAGUUAAGAAAAUGGGGAAUCACUGGAAUUCAAUUUUGUGGUCUUUCCCCUUUCAGCAAGGACGGAUGGCUGUGGACCUUGCUCACAAAUAUCACAAGAUGACCAAAUGCCUCAAGUGUGUGCCCCCUUGAUUGGAAGAAGAGUAUUAGUUUUUAGUUUGGACUCUUAAAAUACUCUUGAAGAUACAAAAUUUAAAUAUUAUUCUAAAUUCUUAUGAAAUGGAGAAUGUGGAAAUGGGGCUACCGUUGUAAUUAAAUACCUUUUUUGGUUCUGGAAC